AUGCACGUCGCUACCGUCGUCUCGUCGCUGCUGCUCGCGUUUGCCGCCGCUGCGCCGUACCGCAACGUCGCGUACUUUACCGAGUGGUCGCCCGAGACCUUCAAUUACAACGUCAACAACCUCGACGGCAGCCGCCUCACGCACAUCAACUACGCGUUUGCGACGCCGAAUCCCGACGGCAGCCUCCGCUUCGCCAACACGUCCGCGGCCUUUGGCACGGCCGUCGGCGCCGACCUCGGGCCCACGUCUCUCCAAGGCAACUUUGGCCAGCUCUUCGCCUUCAAGCGUGCGAACCGCAAGGUGAAAGUGGCGCUCUCGAUCGGCGGCUGGGGCAACGGCGACGCCUUUCCCGCGAUUGCUGCGUCGCCCUCGCUUCGCGCCGCCUUCAUCACCAACGUCCUCGAGGUGCUCGUCAACCUCGGUCUCGACGGCGUUGACAUGGACUGGGAGUACCCAACUGGGGCCACCGAGACGGCUAAUUUUACCACGCUCAUGCGCGAGAUCAAGGCGGCGCUCAACCAGCUGCCGUUCCGCGCCGAGCUUACGUUUGCAGCACCCGGCUUUGAGAGUGACCUGGGGCCGCACCUUGGGACGCUCUGCAGCUUCGUCGACGCCAUCUACCUCAUGACGUACGACUUUUCCGGGUCGUGGAGCCGCGUGGCCGGGUACUCGGCCAACUUGUACACGGACGCCAAGGCGCCGGGUGACUUUAAGCUCUCGGUCGACGCUGCGGUCCAGUACUAUCUCCAGAAAGGCUGUCCUGGUAGCAAGCUCGUCAUGGGCCUUCCGCUCUACGGCACGUCGUUUGAAAACACCGCCGGCCUCUACCAGUCGUUUGCGACACCGACGCUCGGCGACAAUGGCGCUGCUGGCUCCUGGCGCUACAAGAGCCUUCCGCUGGCCGGCACGACCGAGCAAGUCGACGCGACGACGAUGGCUACCUACACGUACAACCCGUCAACAAAGAUGCUGAUCACGUAUGACGGGCCAGCGACAAUUGCCGCCAAAAUGCAGUACCUCCAAAAGUUCAACCUCGCCGGCGCCAUGUUCUGGGAGGCUUCGGGCGACGAUGCUGCGCGCUCGGCGCGGUCGCUCAUCUCGGCGGUCGUCUCUGGCCUCGGCGCUGGCAACAUGGACAACUCCCAAAACAACCUUGCAUACCCGACGUCGAUUUACUCGAAUGUUCGCAACGGCAACCGCCCGACGCUGCAACUCUACACGUCGCGCGGCCUCGCCAUCUCGGAGUGGAACGGCAAGCUCUACGCCAACGCGCCCCGGCACAACCUCAACGAGCGCUUUGAAUUCGACACGGCAACGUCGCUGCUUAAGUCGCUCAGCGCCAACGCGUGCCUGGAUGCUUACCCUGAUGCGUCCAAAGCUGCGGGCUAUGCGCUGCAUACGUGGAGCUGCGACGCAUCGAACGGCAACCAGAAAUGGAAGAUCGACAUCCAGAACCACCGACUCGCGCAUGCGACGCACCCGAAUCUGUGCGUCGACGUCGACCCCAACGACGCGUCGAAUGGUGUGCAGGUCUGGCAGUGCCACGCGCUCAACACACUCAACGCCAACCAGUGGAUCGGGCUGCCGACCGAGCGCGUCGCGAUCGCCAACAAGCAGCGCGUGCUCACGGGCGAUGCCGGGGCUGGCACCAUCACGUUUGCCGAUAGCACCAAGCAGCACUGGAUCGUUGAUAACGUGCACCAGACGAUCGCGCUGGGCACGACCGGUCUCUGCCUCGACGCGUACCAGGGCUGGAACGGCGGCGCCGUCCACCUCUACGCGUGCAGCCAGAGCAACACCAACCAGAAAUGGUCGUACGACAGCGCGACGCAGCAGCUGCGCCACGUCAAGUUUCCCGGCUUUUGCCUCGACAUGGGCAGCGCGUCUGGAAGCAACCCGCAUCUGUGGUCGUGCCACGCUGCCAACAGCCCGUAUAUUGGCCUCCAGCAGUUUACCUACGCGUCGGUCGACUAUACCUUUAUGAACUAA